AUGUUUACAAUCAGAGGGCUAGCCUAUGGCCUAUGCCUUUUAUCGCUGGACUUGGGAGUAUGGGCAAACGGCACACUCCCAUAUAAAAAUCCUCAUCUAUCAGUCGACCAACGAGUCGCGGAUUUGGUCGGACGGAUGACAAUCGAAGACAAAACGGCGCAGUUGAUACAAGGGGAUAUAACGAACUGGAUGAAUUCUACUUCAGGCGCAUUUAAUGAGUCUGGGCUAGUGGAAAACAUGCAGGUGAAAGCGGGGUCAUUCUACGUCGGAUAUCCUAUUUCAUGGGAAUGGCUUACAACGAAUAUCCAAAAAGGACAGGACUAUCUUCUUCAGAAUACAACCCUGGGGAUUCCAGCACUGGUUCAGACCGAAGGCAUCCAUGGCUUUCUUAUCGGAAAUGCUACCAUUUUCAAUUCCCCUAUUGGUUAUGGGUCUUCGUGGAAUCGAGAUUUGGUGCAAAAAAUGGGCCAAAUUAUCGGACAGGAAGCACGUGCCUUGGGAGUCACUCAGUUAUUUGCCCCUCUUGCUGAUUUGGCUCGAGAGCUGCGUUAUGGCCGAGUCGAAGAGACAACUUCGGAAGACCCAUUUCUAGCAGGUGAAAUUACAUAUCAUUACAUCAAGGGUUUGCAAAGCCAGAAUGUAUCUGCAACAGUCAAACACUUUAUAGGAUUCAGCAAUCCCGAACAAGGGCUGAACACUGGGCCGGUCCAUGGAGGUGAGAGGGAACUAAGAACAACUUGGGCCCCGCCCUUCAAACGAGCGAUCAUUGAUGCAGGAGCGUGGAGUAUCAUGAGUGCCUAUCACAGCUAUGACGGAAUUCCUGCUGUAUCUGAUCAUCACACGCUGACAGAAAUUCUGCGAGAAGAAUGGGGAUAUGAUUACUGGGUAAUCAGUGACGCAGGUGGAACUGACAGGUUAUGUACGGCUUUCAAGCUGUGCCAAAGUUCGCCCAUUGAUUCGGAAGCCAUCACCCUCGCUGCUCUUCCUGCAGGAAAUGAUGUGGAAAUGGGAGGCGGGUCGUUCAACUUUGAGAAGAUACCGGAGCUAGUCAAAUCUGGAAAACUCGAUAUCAAAACUGUCGACACAGCGGUUUCAAGACUUUUGAGAGCAAAAUUCGAAAUGGGUCUUUUCGAAAAUCCGUAUCCUGGCGCACCUUCUAGCCAAUGGAGUAAGCUCAUUCACACACCCGAGGCAUUGAGCAUAGCAAGGGACUUGGAUCGAGAGUCAAUAGUGCUGCUUGAAAACCACAACAACACUCUUCCAUUGAAGAAAGACGGAAGUAUAGCUGUGAUUGGGCCCAUGGCUCAUGGCUUUAUGAAUUACGGUGACUAUGUAGUAUACCAGAGCCAGUACCGAGGCGUUACUCCUCUUGAUGGGAUUAGAAAUGCUGUUGGAAAUUCAACAAUCAUCAACUAUGCCCAGGGAUGCGAGCGUUGGAGCAACGACCAAUCCGGAUUCGAUGAAGCCAUCGAGGCUGCAAAAAAGUCUGAUGUAGCCGUUGUCGUUGUGGGUACAUGGUCUCGAGAUCAGCAAGAGCUUUGGGAAGGCUUAAAUGCAACCACUGGGGAGCAUGUCGAUGUGAACGAUUUGCGCCUAGUUGGCGCCCAAGCUCCGCUUGUCAAAGCGAUUACUGAUACAGGAGUCCCCACCGUCGUAGUCUUUUCCUCCGGAAAACCGGUCACAGAGCCAUGGAUCUCAAACUCGACAGCGGCAUUAAUCCAGCAGUUCUACCCAUCAGAACAAGGUGGAAAUGCUUUGGCAGAUGUGCUUUUCGGCGACUAUAAUCCGUCAGGCAAGCUGUCAGUCAGCUUCCCACGGUCAGUCGGUUCGUUGCCCAUCUUUUACGACUAUCUCAACUCCGGUCGGUCGAUUGGAGAUUCUGGAUUCAUUACUGCAAAUGAUACUAUUGUCUUUGGACAUCAAUAUGCCAUUGGUUCUCCGCUCCCAUGGUACGAGUUUGGAUAUGGUAAGAGCUAUUCGACGUUUCAGUAUAGUGCCGUACAGCUAGACAAAACGAAAGUCACGGCCACGGAUACGGUCACGAUCAGUAUCGACAUCAAGAACGAGGAUACGACGCGCAACGCAACCGAGGUUGUUCAGGCGUACAUCACAGACGAGUAUGCGUCAGUGGUCGUGCCAAACCAGCAAUUAAAAGGCUUCGACAAGGUCAUCUUCGGGCCCGGUGAGACACGCACCGUGAAAAUCCCGAUCCAAGUUGGUGAUCUGGGUUUGUGGAAUGCUAAUAUGAAGUACGUCGUCGAGUCCGGGGCUUUCAUUGUCCAUGUAGGUAGCAGUUCGGUGAAUAUUCGAGCAAAUGCGACCUUUUAUGUGUCUUGA